AUGGAUGGUGUGUACCUGGGCUCUGUGCCUCCCGACCAGGCGUCUGGCUCCCCCGGCUGCUGUGUCCUCCUGUCUGUCCGCUCAGCCCCUGACAGCAGAGGCAGCCCGGCCCCCAUCGGACCCCCGGAACAGGGUCAUGAGAAGAGCUAUGAGUCUGCUAUUAAUACUCCUGCCAAGGACCUUGAGGGCAUCCAGGCCCCUGGCACCCCUUGCCCCAAGCUGCCACCCCUUAUUCAAGGUUCUGGAGUACCCUUCCAGCCUCUUCCGAGCACCGAGAUUAGGGAGAAGGGCUCCACCUUCCUACAGCUAGGCUCGUCCACAGAGCAGCAGCUUCAGGUCAUCUUCGAGGUGCUGGAGGAGUACGACUGGACAUCUUUUGUAGCUGUGACCACACGUGCCCCUGGCCACCGGGCCUUCCUGUCCUACAUCGAGGUGCUGACCGAUGGCAGUCUGGUGGGCUGGGAGCACCGCGGGGCGCUGACACUAGACCCUGGGGCGGGCGAGGCCGUGCUGAGCGCCCAGCUCCGCAGCGUCAGCGCGCAGAUCCGCCUGCUCUUCUGUGCCCGCGAGGAGGCCGAGCCGGUGUUCCGGGCAGCCCAAGAGGCCGGCCUCACUGGGCCCGGCUACGUCUGGUUCAUGGUGGGGCCCCAGCUGGCUGGAGGCGGCGGCUCAGGCGCCCCUGGGGAGCCCCUUCUUCUGCCAGGAGGCGCCCCACUGCCAGCUGGGCUGUUUGCAGUGCGCUCGGCUGGCUGGCGGGAUGACCUGGGCCGGCGUGUGGCAGCUGGUGUGGCUGUGGUGGCUCGAGGUGCCCAGGCCCUGCUGCGUGACUACGGCUUCCUGCCUGAGCUUGGCCAUGACUGUCGUGCCCAGAACCGCACCCAUCGAGGGGAGAGUCUCCACAGGUACUUCAUGAACAUUACGUGGGACAACCGGGAUUACUCCUUCAAUGAGGAUGGCUUCCUGGUGAACCCCUCGCUGGUGGUCAUUUCCCUCACCAGAGACAGGACUUGGGAGGUGGUGGGCAGCUGGGAGCAGCAGACGCUCCGCCUCAAGUACCCGCUGUGGUCCCGCUAUGGCCGCUUCCUGCAGCCAGUGGAUGACACGCAGCACCUCACGGUGGCCACGCUGGAGGAGAGGCCCUUCGUCAUCGUGGAGCCCGCUGACCCCAUCAGCGGCACCUGCAUCAGAGACUCUGUCCCCUGCCGGAGCCAGCUCAACCGUACCCACAGCCCUCCACCGGACGCCCCGCGCCCAGAAAAGCGGUGCUGCAAGGGCUUCUGCAUCGACAUCCUGAAGCGGCUGGCUCAGACCAUCGGCUUCAGCUAUGACCUCUACCUGGUCACCAACGGCAAGCACGGGAAAAAGAUCGACGGCGUCUGGAAUGGCAUGAUCGGGGAGGUGUUCUACCAGCGCGCGGACAUGGCCAUCGGCUCGCUCACCAUCAACGAGGAGCGGUCCGAGAUCGUGGACUUCUCUGUCCCCUUCGUGGAGACGGGCAUCAGCGUCAUGGUGGCGCGCAGCAACGGCACCGUGUCCCCUUCGGCCUUCCUUGAGCCCUACAGCCCCGCCGUGUGGGUGAUGAUGUUCGUCAUGUGUCUCACCGUGGUCGCCGUCACCGUUUUCAUCUUCGAGUACCUCAGUCCCGUUGGCUACAACCGCAGCCUGGCCACGGGAAAGCGCCCUGGCGGCUCAACCUUCACCAUUGGGAAAUCCAUCUGGCUGCUCUGGGCCCUGGUGUUCAAUAACUCAGUGCCCGUGGAGAACCCCCGGGGGACCACCAGCAAAAUCAUGGUGCUGGUGUGGGCCUUCUUCGCCGUCAUCUUCCUCGCCAGCUACACAGCCAACCUGGCCGCCUUCAUGAUCCAGGAGGAGUACGUGGACACCGUGUCCGGGCUCAGUGACCGAAAGUUCCAGAGGCCCCAGGAGCAGUACCCGCCCCUGAAGUUUGGGACGGUGCCCAACGGGUCCACGGAGAAGAACAUCCGCAGCAACUACCCCGACAUGCACAGCUACAUGGUGCGCUACAACCAGCCGCGCGUAGAGGAAGCGCUCACUCAGCUCAAGGCAGGGAAGCUGGACGCCUUCAUCUACGAUGCGGCUGUGCUCAACUACAUGGCCCGCAAGGAUGAGGGCUGCAAGCUCGUCACCAUCGGCUCCGGCAAGGUCUUUGCCACCACGGGCUAUGGCAUCGCCCUGCACAAGGGCUCCCGCUGGAAGCGGCCCAUCGACCUGGCGCUGCUGCAGUUCCUGGGGGAUGAUGAGAUCGAGAUGCUGGAGCGGCUGUGGCUCUCCGGGAUCUGCCACAAUGACAAAAUCGAGGUGAUGAGCAGCAAGCUGGACAUCGACAACAUGGCAGGUGUCUUCUACAUGCUCCUGGUGGCCAUGGGCCUCUCCCUGCUGGUCUUCGCCUGGGAGCAUCUGGUGUACUGGCGCCUGCGGCACUGCCUGGGGCCCACGCACCGCAUGGACUUCCUACUGGCCUUCUCCAGGGUACGAGCGAGAGAGGGAGGACGAAGGCAGGGAUGGGGAGACACGAGCAGGGGUGUCUAGGGACG